GAGAAAAAAAAAAAGGUGAAUCCCAAAAGCCCCCCCGCGCCGGGAAGGAGGAGAGAGAGAACUGAGGGAGGAGGAGCGGCGGAGGAAAAAACGAGGAGUCGAGUGAAGUGGCGGAAACAGAGGAUUGCUGCGAUAGGGUGUUUGGUUUGGAGCGAGAGCUUUUAUGUCGAAAAGCUUUGAAUUGGCUGUUGUGUUUGGGGCUCCAUCGUCGAAGCUCUGUUUCUCGUCUGUUUCAUUAUCAUCGGCUCAUUGUUUGCGAAAAUCUCUCUGCUGUACCGUUCAGCAGAGCAGUCUCCCUUUCUUCCCAACCGUUUCGAUGCGUUUGAGGCCCAAAAGGACUUGCUCUGGAGUCGUGUGUUUUGGGGUAUAUCAUAUAAAUCGGUUAUUCGAUCUGUUCUUGUUCCUGAGAAGUCCUCAAAUCGUUGGUUAAACGCCAUUUUUUAAUCUACAUUGAACAACAUAUCUGCCUUCUGUGUUGAUUCGAUCUGAUUACUUCAUUCUUUUGGAGGAACGUUUUUGCCUGGAUAUUCUUUAAGGGAUUCUUUUGGAGACAGCGGAAAUGACAAUUAUACCGGAGUCUUGGAAGCCAGUUUUGUCGAACAACAAAGAGUUGAGAAUGCCGAGGAUUCCACCGGAACUGCCCAAAAGGGCCAUGAGAAGAGUCCGGAUCAUCUGCAAUGAUCCGUAUGCUACUGAUUCAUCCGACGACGAAGAAAUGGCGACCAAAAAGAAGGUUAAGCGCGUCGUUCACGAGGUGUGUUUUCCGAUUAGGGACGGCGGUGAUUUGCAGAACUCCGAUCAGUUCGCCAUUGCCGGAGGAAAAGGUUCGAAGAAGAAAAGAAUGAUCCCAUUUGCUGAAACCAAGGACAAUUCGCCGAAAGGGAAAUACAGAGGCGUCCGUCAACGGAAAUGGGGGAAAUGGGCGGCGGAAAUACGCGACCCGAUUCAGCACAAACGCAUUUGGUUGGGAACUUACAACAGUGCUGAGGAGGCGUCGAGAGCGUACGAAUUAAAACGAUUGGAAUUCGAGGCUUUGGCUAGUAACAGCAACAGCACCGGAUCUUCGUCUGAUAAGAUCUCAUGCAACGCUAAACCCAUCUCCGUAUCCGACGAAUCGAGCGCAAGUGCUGUAUCCCGAGUCUCCCUUACGUCUCCGCUGUCGAUUCCCGAGCUGGAUUCACUUGUUAAUGCCAAGUCUGAUGCGUCGGCGGAGCUUACGCUUACGCUUCCAAAUGUCGAGUCCGGGUCGAAUGAUUUGGGUCUAAUUGAUGAGGAACUCAUGGCUCUCGCAAGAAUCGGAGACGAUUUAGAUUUGGAUAUGGAGUUCGAUCCCAUUUUGUUCGAGAAUUCGUUCCCGUCAAUCGACAGCUUCGCCAACGAUUUCUCCGAUCUCCCGAUCUUGGGGCUGAACGACGAUUACGAAUCCUGCGAUCUCGAGGAUUUCGAUUUGGAAUUCAAUAUCGACGAGUGCAAUGAAGCCUUGAAUUGGAUCGACGAUGCGCCCUCCGCGCCUACUCUGAUGAACGGAGCCCAGCCCAAACCCCUCGACAUAUCGUGCCCGUAAGAAAAAAAGUUUUGCAGCAUCUUCGUCGUCGUCGGGAGAGUUCUUUAUUAGGUUCAACCUUAUCGUCUAUAAGUUAUUGCAAGGAGAGGAAUGUGUCGUCUUCUACAAUGGUAACUUUUCUGACUUAAUACUUUCUAAUGUGCAAGUUUUUAUAUACUGUGGGGAUCUUCUUGCUUUGGUUAUCUGUCUCUAACAUGAAGUUUUGGACUUGGUUUUUUAUUUUUAUUUUUUAUUUUUAUUUUUAUAUUUAUUUAUUUAAAUGUCGUUGUAGUGUUGGAUUUAGUUUUCAAUCGUAUUGAUUAUAUAUAUGAUUGCAAA